AUGAAGACUUUCAAUCUGUGCGUUCUACUAAGCCUGGCAGCUGCAGUUUGCUGCAUGCCAGUAUCUCAGGUUACCGAACAAGAUGAGGGUUUUGCAGAGAACUACCUGAAGAAAUUCUUCAACCUGACAGAAGAGACAGGUCCAAGUGUCAGACGAGGGAUCAGUCCGAUGACCAAGAAGCUGAGAGAGAUGCAGAGAUUCUUUGGUCUUCAGGUCAGCGGGACGCUGGAUGCUGACACCUUGGCCACGAUGAAGAAGCCUCGCUGUGGUGUUCCAGACAACAACGUUGCCGAUUUUUCCACUUUUGGAAGUAACCUCAAGUGGGAGACAAACAGCCUUACCUACAGGAUCGAGAACUACUCACCUGACAUGUCUGUGUCAGAGAUAGAUGACUCCAUUGAGAAAGCUCUGCAGGUUUGGGCCAAAGUCACUCCUCUGAGAUUCACGAGAAUCUACAGUGGCACCGCUGACAUCAUGAUCUCCUUCGGCAGAAGAUCUCAUGGUGAUUAUUACCCCUUUGAUGGUCCUGAUGGGACUCUUGCCCAUGCCUUCGCCCCGAGCCCUGGCAUCGGAGGAGAUGCUCACUUUGAUGACGAUGAGACCUUCACUUUCCGCUCCAACGCAGGCUAUGUCCUCUUCUUGGUGGCUGCCCAUGAGUUUGGCCACUCCCUGGGUUUGUCUCACUCCAACGAUCCUGGUGCUCUCAUGUACCCUGUGUACUCCUACAGAAACCCUGACACCUUCGUUCUGCCCCGUGACGAUGUCGAAGGCAUCCAGUCUCUCUAUGGUGCAAACACUGAUGAGGAGGAGAACUCUGGAGAGGACCCUACGCCCCCCACCACCCCUGACGCCUGUGAUUCAAACAUGGUCUUGGAUGCUGUCGCCACCCUGCGAGGAGAGAUGCUCUUCUUCAAAGACAGCUUCUUCUGGCGGAGCUACCCUCAGAGCAAUACACCUCAGCAAACUCUCAUCACAAACUUCUGGCCCAAUGCCCCCACCAACAUCGACGCUGCUUAUGAAAGCCAACACUCGGACAGAGUCUUGCUCUUUAAAGGUCGGAGAGUGUGGGCUUUCAGCGGCUAUGAUCUUGUGCCCGGGUAUCCUAAACCAAUUUCCAGUUUCGGUCUGCCCGAAAGUGUGAAGAAAGUCGAUGCAGCCCUUUAUGAUGUGGAAAGUCGCAAGACUCUGUUCUUUGUUGGCACCAAUUACUACAGUUAUGAUGAGGCCAAAAAGACCAUGGACCAGGGAUUCCCCAAGCGACUGGACGAGAUCUUCUCCGGCCUGAGCAGCAAGGUGACUGCAGCUUUCCAGUACAAAGGUUUUACUUACAUCUACAGUGGAUCCAGCAUGUUGGAGUACAGCAUGUCGACUGGGACGUUUUUCCGUGUGCUGGGGAACAGCUACUUCCUGCGUUCCUAUAUAACAGCUGACUGCAGCACAGAAACACAAACAAGUCGGCUUCAAAGAGGAAGCAUGAGGUCUUACAGUGUGUGCAUUAUACUGAGCCUGGCGGUCACAGUCCACUGUGUGCCUGCCCCACAGGUCACUGUGCAGGAUGAGAGUUUUGCUGAGAACUACCUGAAGAACUUCUUCAACCUGACGGAGGAGACAGGUCCAAGUAUCAGACGGGGGAUCAGCCCAGUGACCAAGAAGCUGAGUGAGAUGCAGAGAUUCUUUGGUCUCCAGAUCACCGGGACGCUGGAUGCUGACACUGUGGCGCUGAUGAAGAAGGCUCGCUGUGGCGUUCCAGACAACGACGUUGCACGUUUCUCCACAUUUGGACGUGACUUAAAGUGGCAGAAGAACAGCCUUACCUACAGGAUAGUGAACUACACACCUGACAUGUCCAGGUCAGAGAUAGAUGACUCCAUGGAGAAAGCUCUGCAGGUUUGGGCCAAAGUCACUCCUCUGAGAUUCACAAGAGUCCACAGUGGCACCGCUGACAUCAUGAUCUCCUUUGGCAGCAGAUCUCAUGGUGAUUAUUACCCCUUUGAUGGCCCUGGUGGGACUCUUGCCCAUGCCUUCGCCCCGAGCCCUGGCAUCGGAGGAGAUGCUCACUUUGAUGACGAUGAGACCUUCACUUUCCGCUCCAACAGAGGCUAUGUCCUCUUCAUGGUGGCUGCCCAUGAGUUUGGCCACUCCCUGGGUUUGUCUCACUCCGAUGAUCCCGGUGCUCUGAUGUACCCUGUCUACAACUACAGAAACCCUGACACCUUCGUUCUGCCCCGGGACGACGUCAGAGGCAUCCAGUCUCUCUAUGGUGCAAACUCUCAAAAGGACCCCUCUGUGGCUGAACCUGAGCCCCCCACCACCCCUGACGCCUGUGAUUCUACCAUGGUGCUGGAUGCUGUCACCACCCUGAGAGGAGAGAUGUACUUCUUCAAAGACAGCUUCUUCUGGCGGAGCUACCCUCAGAGCAAUACACCUCAGCAAAGUCUCAUCACAAGCUUCUGGCCCAAUGCCCCCACCAACAUCGACGCUGCUUAUGAAAGCCGGGGCUCCGAUAGAAUCUUUCUCUUUAAAGGUCGUAGAGUGUGGGCCUUCACUGGCUAUAAUCUCGUACGUGGCUAUCCUAAAAAACUCAGCAGCUUUGGUCUGCCGAGAGGCGUGAGGAAAAUCGACGCAGCCCUUCAUGACGUGGAAUCUGGCAAGACGCUGUUCUUUGUUGGCAAUUAUUACUACAGUUAUGAUGAGGUUAGAAAGGCCUUGGACCAGGGCUCCCCCAAGAGAGUGGAUCAGACCUUCUCCGGCCUGAAUGGCAAGGUGACUGCAGCUUUCCAGUACAGAGGUUUUACUUACAUCUACAAUGGACGCUACAUGUCUGAGUACGACCUGAGAUCUGGGAGGUUGUUCCGUGUGCUGAGGAACUCCUACUUCCUGCGCUGCUGUUGGUGCGUGUUGGUGGUGCAUCUGUGCUCAAGUGAAUAAACAUAUAUGGAGUUUUCUGCUGCAUGACUAUUGUUAUUCCUGUUUCUUGUCCAGGACUAUCUGUCUCAGUAUUUCUCAGAUGUGGGUGUCAGCGCCCCCAGCAGCGUCCUGCGCAGCUCUCUGGAUUCCUUCGAUGACACGCUCAGAAAAAUGCAGGAAUAUUUUGGCCUGGAGGUGUCGGGGAAGCUGGACUCCAAGACCCUGGAGGUGAUGUCUCGGCCCCGCUGCGGAUUCACAGACGUGCUCCGUUAUUCACACUUUGACGGUGGACCAAAGUGGGACAAGAAUGUGGUCACAUACAGGAUAGUGAACUACACACCUGACUUGAGUCAAAGUGAGGUGGACGCGACCCUCGCCAAGGCUCUGAAGGUGUACAGUGACGUCACUCCUCUGGAUUUCAAGCCCAUCACCACCGGCAAAGCUGACAUCAUGAUCAUUUUCAAGGGUCGAGAUCAUGGUGAUUUUGCUCCGUUCGAUGGGGUGCAGGGGGUCUUGGCCCAUGCGUUCUCCCCUGGAGAGGGCCUCGGAGGUGACACCCAUUUUGAUGAAGAUGAAACCUGGACUCUCACUGCGACAGCUCAUGAGUUCGGCCAUGCACUGGGAUUAUCCCACUCUCAGCUCCAGACAGCCCUGAUGUAUCCCACCUACCAGUAUGUGAACACAGAGAACUACAAGCUACCGGAUGAUGACAGACAGGGGAUUCAGGCUCUCUAUGGUGAGAGACCGACUCGGCCUGUUCCAACACCCAAACCAAGACCUGAACCAGAACCUGAACCCACAUCAGAACCUGUUCCAGACAUGUGCGACAGGAACCUGAUUUUUGAUGCUGCAACCUCCAUUAAGAGAAGUCUUUACUUCUUCAAGGAUGGACAUUUCUGGAAGAGGAGCAGCUCCUGGGACGGCAUCACCAUGAAGAAAAUACAGUCUGUCUGGCCUGGAAUAAACAAAGUUGACGCUGCUUAUGAGUAUAAGAGACGCAAUAUUUUCUUUGAAGGUGAUCAUUACUGGGGGAUCAGUGGAAACACCGUCCUGCCUGGUUAUCCCAAACCCAUCAGAGACUUUGGCCUCCCUUCAACUGUCACUAAGGUGGAUGCAGCUGUCCAUGUGACAUUCACCGGCAGAACUCUCCUCUUUGUGGGAAACAGAUACUACAGCUACAAUGAAAGGACGGACAGAAUGGAUCGUGGCUACCCAAAGUUAAUUAUCAGAGAGCUCCCUGGGAUUGGCUUCAGAGUGGAUGCUGUUUUUGAGAACAGAGGCCGCCUGUACUUCUCCUAUGGAGCCACACAGACAGAGUACCACUACAAACGGAGGAGAGCAAUCCGCACCCUCAUGAACAAUGGAUGGAUGGACUGUGACUAAAGAAACAAAGGCCCAAAUACACACCUGCACACAGCUGAGAGCACACAGUAACAGCUGAGGUCACUACACGAACCAAUCCUGAGCAGCUUUCGGGGCUUUUCUGUAGAAACAUAUCAUUUGAAAAACAAACAGUUACUGCAUGAUAUGGUAUUAUAAUCCUGUAGGCAACAGCUAGGGAAGAGUGGGUUAAAAAAAAUGUUCUUUUUCUUUUUUAAAAUAUGUAUUAUAAUCAGGCAAUCAACCUUGAUGUGUCUGC